GUGGGAUGGUAUGCAAUCGCAACCCAAUAAUCGAUAUUCGGGCAGCUUACUCAGGGACUCUUUUUGAUGCUCUGCGAGAUGUGCAAAAGUAUUCUGAUGCAGCACUAGCUCGUCAGGGCAUUAAGGGAAAACAACUUCAGUUGCUAAUAGUAAUUUUACCUGAUGCUAAUAAUAUUUAUGGAACGAUCAAGAGGAUAUGUGAAACAGAGCUAGGGAUAGUAUCACAAUGCUGCAUACAGAAAAACAUUUUUAACCCAAAACCACAAUAUCUUAGUAAUCUGGCUUUGAAGAUUAAUGUUAAGGUUGGAGGACGAAAUACUAUGCUUAAAGACUCCAUUAAUAUUCAACUUGGUCAAAAUGUUCCUACCAUUUUCUUUGGAGCUGAUGUGUCACAUCCCCCUCCUGGAGAGGAUUCAUCUUCUUCGAUUGCUGCGGUUGUGGCUUCAAUGGAUUGGCCUGAGGUGUCCAAAUACAGAUGUCAAAUCUCUGCACAGCCACAUCAACAAGAAAUAAUCGAGGACUUGUAUAAAGAACAGAUGGACCAUCAAAAGGGUGUUGUGCAUGGAGGGAUGAUUAGGGAACUUCUCAUUGCUUUUCAUCAUACAACAGGCCAGUGGCCACAAUCUAUCAUAUUCUACAGGGAUGGUGUUAGUGAAGGACAGUUCAAGCAUGUCUUGCUAUAUGAAUUAAUUGCAAUUCGGAAGGCUUGUUUUUCAUUGCACCAAAAGUAUAUUCCUCGGAUAACGUUCGUGGUAGUACAAAAAAGGCAUCACACACGCUUGUUUCCAGAUGUGCGUGCUAAACCUAAUACAAUUGAUAGAAGUGGGAAUAUUGCACCUGGUACGGUGGUGGAUAAAAAAAUCUGUCACCCAAUAGAGUUUGAUUUUUACCUCUGUAGUCAUGCAGGUAUUCAGGGCACAAGCAGGCCGACUCACUAUCAUGUACUGUGGGAUGAUAAUGGCUUUACGGCUGAUGCAUUACAAAUGUUGACUUACAACCUAUGUUAUACGUAUGCUCGAUGCACUCGGUCUGUUUCAGUGGUUCCUCCUGCAUACUAUGCACAUCUAGCUGCUUUCAGAGCAAGAUUGUACACUCAAGUUGAUGUGUCGGAUGGUGGAUCAUCAUCUUCAGCUACAAGAAAUACCCGAGAAAGGAGGGUUGAGGUGCGACCCCUUCCUAGCAUUAAGGAAAAUAUGAAGGAUGUUAUGUUCUUUUGCUGAAAGAUGUGGCAUGUUUCUACAUGGGAAUCAUUCUCAUUCUCCUUUGGAAAUAUUCUAUGAGAGAAAUCUAGUGUGUGAUUAGCAUUAAAAGUUGUUUAGAUAACUUGUUAUUUUAUUAAUCAUUGAUUUCGGCACUUGAAACGUUGCAAUAACUUUUAAAGAGUAUUUGUUUCUGGAA